AUGGCUCGACAUGGAAGUGCAGAAAGCCCUGAUGUGCAGGAUUUGGUUCCUAAUGACUCAAGUGGGGCGGAACUCAUGCAGCCUGUAUUAAAGCUUGAAAAGGAGAAAGCAGAUGGGUUGCGUUCAGAAUCUCUAACUUCUACGGCUCAGAGAGAUUUAAACGAGGAAAUGAAGAACAUCACAAUUUCAGGCUCGGAUGAGCGUGAAGUCAUGGUCGCUGAACCUCUAACUGGCGAUGCCAAAGAUCUCGCCACUUCAAAAACCUCAGUUCCGCAAAGCGUGAAGGAAGGCCCCAAGACAUUGUCAUCAACUAAGGAAGACGAUAUUUUGGAUUUUAGAAAUCCUGAUGACGCACCCCACCUGUUUUUCAAUCCAGAAAGUCAAACUAGGGAGGAGUUAAAGCUUGAUCAAAGGAAUUCAACAAGCUUGGGCCCAUCUGAUAAGGAAAUUGUUAUUUCAGUGCAACAUCAUUCCCAUGAUGGUCUGGAAGGAAACGAAGGAAACCCUAUCAAAAAAAAUUUUUUAUCUGAUGAACGUUUAGAUCCAUCUGGGGAUUAUGAAUGGCAGUUAAACAAUCUUAGUUAUGCUGUGUAUUGUCAUGAGCUGACAUCGAACCCUCAUUUCAUUCCGAUGGGUCAUGCAAUCUCAUACUCAGACUUCAUCCGUGGCCAAAAUGCUUGAACUUAUGCCAGUAGUUAUAAAAUUGAUGGGGCACGCAAAUCCAGGGGAACUGGCGUAUUUUUUCCCAACGUGAAUUAUGAUGCUUUCGAAUGAUGUCAUUCUCCAAGAAGAGAGAAGAAUGUAGCGUUUGAAAUUGUUUACCCGGCGGCGACAAACAAAUUUCAAGCAGACAAAUCACAAGUCACAAAUUUAGCUGAGGAAGAAAAUCACGAGCCGAUUGUGUUUGGGGGAGGUGGUUCGUGAAGCUUCCAACUCAGUCGGAUGCACCCAAGUCAUCAUCACAACAUGCUUCUAAGGCACCACCUAAUACCAGUGGAAUCAAACCACUCAAUUAUGAUAUAGUUCAAUUUGGUACUCUUCAUCCUGUUUUAUUAGAAUCUCCUACAAAAGAGCGUUGAAAAAAGUUAAAUAUUCCCCUUUCCCAGACUCAAGAGUUCUGGAACUAAAAGCCCGGCAUCAAGUUCUGCGAGACCAGCAACCAAUUCUAAUACGGAGAGGUAAAAAAUCAUUACGGUUCUCAUAUCUCAUCAGGAUCUAAUUGUGUUUAUCUUUGACUGUGCCAAAAUUCCUGUUAAGAAAUAUA